AUGUUUACCUUACAGAACUUAAUAGACAGCUAUAAUAAAUCUAAAGGUAAAAAAGAAACAGCAAAAAUUGUGGGCAAAUCAGCUGGCUUGGUAAGUGAUGCUACACAAAUACUGAUUCAAAUAAAAAUAAUCCAUUUCCUCGUUGGCUGCAAUAAAAGUGCAGUUUAUCAUGUUGACUUAGCAUCAACAAUCUUGUCUGUAUUUGUUGCAGGACCCAUAGGGUUUUAUUAUUCAUAUAAAGAGUACCAGGAUAAUAAGGACACAAAAAAACGUACUGAGUAUAGAAAUUCACUUAUCUUUGAAACGUUGAUUCUUUCCUCAGGUUUAUUAAAUUGCUUACUUAAGAUGAUAGAGGUUACAACUAUACCAAUAAACCUGGGAAAUGAUAUAAUUUAUAAUUUCAAUAUAAGUGUCACCAUUAGCAUAAUAUAUAGUACUUUAUUUUUAGUACACCAGGCUGACAGGCUAUUUAGCCAACCUCUCAGUGGGUUAGAUUAUCCUAAUGCUGAUGCACAUAGUAAUGUGAUUAAUAGCAACGAUGAACUUCCUAGAUCAAUCUCUUGA